AUGGGUAAUGCACAGUCCACACCAGGAGAUCCUGAAGAUGCUUCACUGGAUCUAGUAGCAGCUGCAUUAACCAACAUGAUGCCAGGGAGUAAAGUAAUCACAAAGAAUGAUCCACUCUACUCAACACUGAGUAAUCCACAGCUGCUAACGUACAAGAUAUUGAGCAAGAACGUCAUUGUAGAGAGCAGACCGGAGCCUGAUCCAGGGAUAGUGGUUGAACAGGUUUAUUGUGCCAUUUGCAGGAGUGCUCCAUGUCGCACAGACCAGGGCAGGCCUGAUACAAUCAUCACAGUUCAGUUCCUCAAUGGUCAAUCUCACAAGUUUUCAGUGGAUCCCAGGGCUACAGUGUAUGGACUGAAGUGGUCCAUCUUUAAGAGUAAAGGGUUUGAUGAGUACUCACAGUAUGAUGUUAAUAACAUUGUACUGACCUUUGGAAGGAAGGAGCUCAAUGAUGAUGAUCGUCUAUUGACAAACUGUGGGAUCAAAGAUGGCUCAACUGUACAAUGUGCAGUUAAACUAAGAGAAGGAGCUGGACCAACUAUACUAGUCUUGGAUGGGAAAUUCUUAGAUCCAGACUACAAUUUUGACUUCACACACAUUAAUGAUACUGGCACAGAACACAAACGAGGUGGUCAUAUCUACAAGCAUCCUUGUGGCUGGAAGAGAAUGGCUAUCAAAGUAACAGGGCAGUAUGAAGAUGAUGACUGGUUGGGAUGCUUUGGUCUACCUGGUGAAUGGCCAGUCUCUUAUCAUGGAACAGCAAAAGAAGGAGUAGAAGGCAUCACAAAAGAAGGAUAUGAUGAGACAAAGUUAAUUCGGAAUCUUCAUGGAGCAGGCCAUUACUCUACUCCUGAUAUUGGUGUUGCUGCUGGAUAUGCAACUUCAUUUCUCUAUCGAGGUAAAUGGUACAAAGCUGUCAUGCAGAACAGGGUUAAUCUUGAAAACACUACAAUAGUACCAAAGGAAGAGACAGGAGCUGGAGCUGAAUAUUACGUGACACCAUCUUCUGACGACUUACGUGCAUAUGGGAUAUGUAUAAAAGAAUUUGAACUCUGUAGCAUCAUGUAG